CACGAUUCAGUUGUGAGUCAAAACCAGAACAAUGGUUUUGAAAUGAUUGAUAAUUGUUUUAGAUUUUGCCCGUUUAAAAUGUAUUGUUCUGUAUUUGAUAUGACUCUACAUGUGAUGUAGUGGUUUAAAGAAUAUAAAACGUGAUCUAGUCCUGGAACCUUUUUUCUCAGUUUCUUCAGCUUUAUGGCAGUAACAUGAAUAAGAAACAUGCUGUGUUAGGAAAAAAACGCAUGCAUGUAUAACAGUGUUAGAGUUUAGCCUCAGAAACUCAUCAGCUUUUUACAGAUGAUAACAAGAAUAUACGUUAAUAAUCAUGUACAGAUCAUUCUGCAUAUGCCGUCAAGCAGUUCAUGACACCUUUUUGAUUAAGGUGUUUAUCUCUUUGCAUCUCUGUGUUUUCUGCAGUUUGCAGGUGGUUAGUAAAGUCACACUAAUAAGCCUUGGCUGGAAGCGUGCAUGCGAGUCUUGUCUCACUCUGUGGUUGCUGAACCUUGUUCUAUAUAAACAAACAUUAGUCACACAUAGGCGUUUGAAGUAGGGAAACUCUACCAUGCAUCGCUUGCAUUACACUGACCUUUGAGGAAAGCUCUUCAGAAAGUGUUCAGAGAUAUAAUCAUUUAGUUAAUGGAAAAAGUAAGACCAACGGUCGGUUCUGUGUUCAAAUUAUUAGAUUUCUUUAGCUAAGUUUAGUCUAUAAGAAAUCUAAAAUUUAGCUUAAAAUACUGAAAAGAUUUGUGAUUCCUUUUAAGUUGCUUGUGAAACGGACUGCUCUCAAAAUGAAGAAAUUAAUCAGCAUUAUUUUACUCCUGAGUACCACGACGCAUUCAGAUAACUCUGUUCCCGCCUCAGUGCAAUUUGUGACAGUGGGGAGGACCGUGAAGAUACCAUGUAAAGGUUAUGGGAAUCACUCUGUUGCUACCUGGCUUUACAGAAGAGAAGACACAAGCUAUGAGACUAUUUUUAGUGAACGCAAUGGCAGGAUAUAUUUCGGACAAAGACGGAUCAGGAAAAAACCUUUGAGGGACUUUUAUUUAGAAUUCAGACCUUUCACUAAGGAGGACAAAGGGAUUUAUGUUUGUAAGCUCUGCAAAAACACAAUGGGUUGUACUUAUAGUCAAGCGAUAUCCCUAAUACCCCAAUACGAAAAAGAUUGUCCAACGUUAAAAACACACUUUAUCAUUGAAGGUGGCAGAUUCAGCUACACUUGUCUCCAUAAUCAAACACAUAAUGGAAAAGUUGGAUGGACUUUUAAGGUAGAAGGAGGGCACACUCUCACUCAUGUAAACAGUGAACUUACAGACAGAGCGUUGUUGUCUAUUCCGUAUGUUCAGCCGUCUCAUUCAGGAAUAUACAGGUGUUGGAGAGAAACAUUGACUGGGCAGUGGGAAACUGGUUAUUCACUGACCCUGUGUGUACUCACAGUCUCAGCUGAGGAGAUGACUGAUUCUCCACAGAACUGCACUCUUUACUGUGAUGUGGAUGUCGAUGCAGAGCGAGAUCCAAUCACUGUAGGGACAGAUAAAGGGAACAUCUCAGUUACUGGGAAAAUAAAGAAACCAAAGAGUUCUGUGAUCUGCAGGAUAAACAGCAGAGAUGUGGAGGCUAACAGAACAAGUGUUGAGGAACAUAAUACUUUUCAAGCAGGCGCCACAGAGGACAGAACCCUUUCACACACUGCUGUGCCAAUAAGUGCAGCAUGUGCAGCUGCUUUUUUCAUCAUUGUAGCUCUUGUCAUAAUUUUAUGGAGCUUACGACAGCGAGGAAUGACAGAGAGAAUCUCCUGCAGAGAAUCUCAAUCACAUACCAGGGAGAGUGUACAGGAUGAAUGUGAGACCCAGGUGAUUUAUUCUACUCUGGAGUUCAGCAAACAUCGACAACCGAGUGUCAUCACAUCCGACCACGAGUGUGUGUACAGCCAAAUAAGAGUGUAAGAAGAAAUUAUUAAUAAGAGUUCUACAGGCUCUUUUUUAUGUCACUGUCACAAUAUUUAGGAAAAAAAGUACCCUGUUUAUUUUACUUAAUUUAAAGUGAUUAAGUAGCACUUAAAAUGGUUCUUUAGUAAAAACAGUGGUCCUCUGUAGAAUCACCACUAUAAAAUAACACAGUUUGGAUGCUUAAGUUUCACCAAAACUAACAGAACAGAAGAUAUAAUGUAAAUAAUGUAAGACAGAAAUUAAAUGUAAUUCCAUCAUACAGUUCAGCAAAGAAUGUUAACAAAAUCUUCUACUGUGUUCAGAUGUCAAAAAAUAAUCAAGACAAUUCUGAUUUUUGUUGUUUUCUUUUUUUUUUUGACAGUUACAAUAUUGGAAAAGAAUAACACAUAAAAUGUGUCUUAAAUAUAAUUACCACAUUAUUUAUGUAUUUUUUUCUGUUUUUUUCUAUUUAUGUAUGUUAAAUAAAAAUUAAAUAAAAAAUUAUUUAUUACAGUUUGAUGAA